AUGGCCGUCUAUGAAAAUGCAUCAGAGAUCACUGUGGAGAUGAUGAACCUCUCUGAUGCUUCAGCCAGGACUGCUGCCUCCAAAAGUCACAGUGAUGAAGAUGGUACCACAGUGCCUGGAGGAAAACUGCUCAGACGUGUUGCCGUGAGCUUUUGUCUCCUGUGUGUCCUACAAGCUGCUCUAAACAUUUCCCUCCGUCUUGCUCUCUCCCCUCCACCAGGGAUUGAUGCCAAUAUUAAAAAUCUGACUGAGGAGAGAGACGAGUUGAGGAGCAUCAACCUUCGUAUUGAGGAGAAUUAUAAAACCCUGACUGAAGAGAGAGAUGAGCUGAAGAGGAAGCUGAGUAACUUUGAUCAUUAUUUGAACCAAGGAUGGGUGUAUUUCAGUGGUAGUUUCUACUAUAUUUCUUCAAUCGAGAAAACCUGGCAAGACAGCAGAGAUGACUGCGUGCAAAGAGGUGCAGACCUAAUGAUUAUCAACAGCGAAGAGGAACAGAAUUUCACAAGACAAUACCAAAAGAUAAUGUGGAUUGGACUGACUGACAGAGAGACAGAGGGGGUAUGGAAAUGGGUGGAUGGCACUCUAGUGACAACAAGCUUCUGGAGAUCUGGGGAACCCAACAAUAAUGACGGAAAUGAAGACUGUGUAGAAACAAAUGACAGUGAUCACCGAAAAAUGUGGAAUGAUGCAACAUGUGAAACAAAGAAAUUCUGGAUAUGCGAAAACAAAAUGGCUGUAUAACUCAGAGCAUAACCAAACCCUUAUGAUGUUGUCUCAACAUAAAACAGAUUUAUAUUCCACUGUGAUUUAAAAAAAAACAAAAAAACUGAAGGCACAAACAAAUGACAUCGUCCCACACAGGCGGGUGUCAGAUUAGAAAAUGCUUCUUUGUGUACAAACAACAUAUUGUGUUCUUUAAUUUCAGGGGCUGAUGUGCCUUUCAGUGUGAGAUUUGUACAUAUAUUUUUAAUGUGUCUGUAUUUG